UUCCUCCCAGGAAUUCUCCUUCUCUGUCUUCUACGUCUGUUCUGUCUCCUCUGUCUCCAGCCCCUCCUCAGGUGUUGAUGGUGCCAGCAUUAGGGAGUUCUUCAGAGAAAAAACUACAGGGAGAGAAGAGCAAGCCAAGUACCCGGUUAACAUGGAGACAACCCCAACAGAACCCUCGUAUAACGAAGGCUGACCUGAACCUGAUUCAGCUGAUCAAGGCUGGCAAGGAAGGUGCGUUCUACAAGACAAAAGUGUUGCGAGGCACCUGCAAAGGCCACUCACUCGUAACAUGCAAAAUUGCAAAAGAAGGUGUGACUCCAAAGCAAAUGGAGUCAGAAGUGUCUAUUAUGAGGAAGCUGGGCUAUCAUAAAAAUGUGCUGCAACUGCUGGACUGGAACACUGCAGAAGAGCCCUUUAUACUGAUCAUGGAGUUUGUGAGUUAUGGGACCUUGCGCAGCUUUGUCCAGACACAUCAUGAGAAGCUGAGUGCUGACCCUGAGAUCCAGAACCUUUUCACUAUUGCCUCCUAUCACAUCGCCUUGGCCAUGGAACACCUGCGCUCCAAAAUGGUGGUACACUGUGACCUUGCUUUAAGGAACAUUCUGGUGAACCGGUUCCCAUGGGAAAUCAAGGUGGCAGAGUUCGGCCUGGCUCGAGACUUGACACGUAUGAGAAGCAGACGCAGCACCAGGAAAAAGCACCACAGGGAACGAGUUCCCCUGCGCUGGUAUCCACCUGAAUAUUUCCGGAACAACUUCUACAGCUUUAAGGGCGAUGUGUGGGCUUUCGGCAUUGUUUUAUGGGAAAUGCAGUCGUUUGGCAGUUUACCCUACCCCAAUUUGGAGACUUCAGAUCAAGUAAUGUACCACAUUUGUGCUGGACACAGGAAUGUAGGACCGGACAGCUGCAGACCGGAUAUACUGCAGAUAAUGAAAGACUGUUGGUUGGAGCCAUAUACAGCCAGACCCUCCUUCAAUGACCUUGUCAGAAUUCUGGAGAGUAUCCUGGAGAAUGACGCUGAUUACGUGGAUGUUGAAACCCAAAUGGACAUGAGGACAGGAAUGAAAUGUGAAGCUGAAUUAAGAAGACUGGACAUUUCUGAAUUUUCUGCUGGCUUACAAGACUGAUUUCAGUCAAAAAAAUAGAAAGAAAUUGUUUAUGGACACUUUGAUCAGUCAGUGGAUAAAGUACCAAUAUUUCAAGCCAUUAUUUUUUAUCUUAAUGUCUGAGUAAAUUAUUAAAUCUGUGUGUGUGUGUGUGUGUGUGUGUGUGUGUGUGUGUGUGUGUGUGUGUGUGUGUGUGUGUGUGUGUGUGUGUGUGUGUGUGUGUGUGUGUGUGUGAAUUAUUUAGUCUGUGUGAGAGAAUCACUUACUAAAAAUGAAUG